UGAUGUCACGGAUGACUGAUAUCAGUCAUAGUGGGAGGGUAGCCUGUACAGGAACUUUCCAUCUAAUCCUGGAGACUUAAGUCCACUGAAGUAAAGUGUGUCAUCUUUGUCCGAUCGUCCAAAGUCAGUCCGCUAAAUACACCAGGUGAUACGAACAAGAAUACUUUUUUUUUUUAAUUUAUAUGGCACGAAUUUGUUAAUUGUGAAAACCAGCGGAAAAACAACCCCCCCAAUCCGGCGAGCUACAGCCGCGGCGAAGACCAGUGUGCCAUAUCCGCUCAACCACAAGGAGGUCUAUCACAAAUUCAAUGUACUAUUUGAGUUUUUAAGUUAGUAAUCCAAAGCCAUAAUCUUAAACAAGAAAAUUGCGAUCAAUUUUACUCGAUCAGGGGUAUUAUCGUCAUUCGGCCCUAAGUGUUAGUAUUUUUAAUAAUUUUUAUGUGGAAAAGUUAUUAGACAAGUAUAAAUCAUAAAUUAUAGACCCGUGCAUUUUCGAAAUAAACAAAAAAAAUUGAAAUGUUCUUAAACAAUAGAUCAAUAAAAUGAUACGCGAUCGUUUAUCUGAACUUAAAGAGGUGAUGUGUUCUAUACACGAUCCCUCAGAAUUCCUGGUUAUAAUUGAAAAUGACGAAACUGAUGAAUGUUACGAACGUGAACACAGUCCGGCAAUGGAUGGCUUAUUUAAAAUGUACAAUAAAAUACCCAAUGAAUUCGAUUUAAUAUUAACCAAUAUUGAUACAAUGAAAAUAAUGAGCCAGGCAAAGAAUUCCAAAAAUUUUGAUGACAAAGAAUUUUAUAAAGUACGUUUGAAUACCCUACAAAUUGGCAAUAAACUUAUGAAUAAAUUUCAAUCAAUACGUAAAAAUUUGCCAGAAGAAAAUGACUACAGUACCAUGGCACGUAUGCAACGUUCCCUUUAUUAUGGUUUCUUUGAGAACUAUGUGAAAAUUUGGACUAAAAACGAUCAAUCUUUCAUGAAUAUUGGCACUUUAGUAAAUUAUGAUCUUACGGAAGAAGAAAUUGAUACUCUAAUAGCCCAUCGAGUUACCACUUUAUAUGAUGCCAAUGUGAGUUGA